UUGUGAUGUACUUGAGUUGAAUUUGGAUAUAUAUUUUGCAGCAUUUUGUUUGAAAACUCGUGAUAUACUGUUUUAGUUGGACUUAAUGUCACAAUAUCUUUAGUUCCCAUCGAGGUUUCACGUGGGUUUUGUAGAUGAGAUAACAUUACAGGUAUGCUGACCUGUGCGAGUGGGAACCAUGAGCAGUAAGGUGGAUAUGUUUCUUCAGGAGAGUGGGGGGACAACAUUCACAGAGACAGCGCCAAGGCCCCCUGUCCCGGGCGAAGAGAAUGAAAAGGAGUCAAAUGGCGGUAUGUCCACAAAGAGCUCUGGAUCCCAUAGAAGCCAGGUCUCGCAGACCUCAUGUAGGAGUAUGGGCUCAACCAAGGGGGAUAUCAAUCCUGCCACGCCACGAAAGUCAAACAUUGAAAAACCAGCUGUUUCUAAUGUGACAUGCUGCUUUGACGAGGAAAUGGACGCACCCCUAGGUUUCGAACCAGAGGGGUCAGUGACCAAUUCUCCACCUUUUACAGAAAAUAGUACCCCACCUUAUUUGAAGUGGGCCGAGAGCCUACAAAAUUUGUUGGAGGAUCAUGAUGGUGUUACGUUGUUCAAAGAGUUUCUCGGGCAGGAAGAUGUUGGCACUGCAUCUGUAGAUUUUUGGUUUGCAUGCCAGGGUUUGAAGAAGAAUGCCCAAAUAACAGAGCACUCCCAAGUCGUUAAGUUAAUGAAAACUAUAAGUAAACGUUACAUUAAGGGUGAAAGAUUGCCAUUUGUGGAUGGAGAUACAAAAAGAACUAUAGCAGAAGGAAUUAAUUUGCAACAUGAGGAUAACAUAGAUGUGACUCUGUUUGAUGCAGCACAGACACAGGUAGAAACAUAUAUGAAAAAUGAAACGUAUCCAUUGUUUUUAAACUCAAACCUCUAUCUUUCAUAUGUGUCAAGGGAAGGUGAUAGUCCUAAAAGUUCUAAUUCUAGUAUAGGUUCAAACAGUGCUAGUAGACCAGUUUCCUCCGGGCCGUUGCCCACAGUGAAAGAGGAUCAGGAAUUACGAAAUGAUGACUUUGCUGUGCCAUUCAGCGUGGGUCCUCCAACCACGCGACAUCACUCAAGAACUGCACCACUGGAAGCUGUACGACCAGAUGUGCUCAGUACACCAUACCUGUCCCAUCGGAGUCAGGCGGUGCCGUAUCACAACUCGUACGCUCCUGUAUCAGCCCAGGACAGCGAGAUACAGUCACUCUCCAGUCAGGAUACAUUUUCCGAGGAUGCGCAGUCUGUCACCGAUAGCAGUGUGGAUGGACACUCAUACAGAGAGCGGAGACAUCGCAUGGGGAACCGACCGCAUCGAAGACGGCCCGGCGUCCCAAACAGAGAGAAUGAGCCCAUUAUUCCACGACCUGAGCGACUAGCGAAUGUCAAGAACCGGAACAUUGCUGAGACAAACUGCAAGCAGUUUGCAGAAUUGUUGAGCAAGCGACUGAUGGAGGUUCUGGCUGAGCGCGAAAGCAAGGAGCGCUUCCAGGAGGCCAUGAAUAGGAGUGAUAUCAGCGAGACUAUGGAGAAAACAUGCCUGUCAAGUUCUUCGGUGAAAAAUGCGACGUCUACCUCCUUUGGCCCUCUUCUCCAGUCUUCGAUGAUUGACGAGGAGAAUGCAGACUCAAUCUUAGAGGAGCACUGUUCCCGUAUUUGGGAGAGCUCUGCGGGUCAGACGCCAAGUCGAUCCCCGGGAAGAUCUAGAUCUCCAGAUAGAUUUCGUAAGCCAGCUGUUCCUCCUACGGGUACCUCAAGCAUGCCGGGGACGCUGCACGUGAAAACUUCACAAAGCAAGAAACGGACUAAUAGCACCAUGUCACAUUCCUUAGCUAGUUUUGACAGUGGCAUGGGUGAUGAUGCGCAUAAACAGUGUGUUAGCCAUAAACAUUACCACCAUCACCAUCAUCAUCACCAUGAGAAACGAAAAACAAAGCAAAAGCUUGAGUGGCAGGCUCAGGAGCAUAGUAAAGUGUGUAUAGGUGACGUUUCAACGCCCCACCAUGGUGGUCGGGGUACGCGGACACGCUCUGCACCCCGGACAAGUUCUGACGCGUAUAGUAAUCUUGACAGCGGGAUAAGCAUGGUAGAGUCGUGUCAGACAACUCAGGACAACAGCCUUAUGGCAGACCCUGCCAAAUCAAAAGUUCUGCAGUGGAUCAUGGACAACGAGAACAUGAAUCGGGGCUCCAGUUCCGCUUACACGGACUCGGAUAAGACGAGCUCCACGCAGAAACGUUCCCACAAGUCAGCAUUAACCCCGACCCCACAACAGCCUUACAAGCACAGUUCAAAGAAGGCGGGUAGUGGCAGUCACAUGAAUCGGUCUGCGUCAGCAGACAGUGGUAGUCGUGUUCCUUGGACGACGCAGGGAGUGUCGGCAAUGAUGCCAAGCCAGCCGAUUGCCCAGGACCCACUUAUGCCACUCAUGCCACACCCGAAUACCCGCUCGCAGCUGGAGGAGGUCACGCGCAGACUACAUGGUGGUGACACCGCGCCUGUCAAAUCCAAGUCAUUCACUGGUGGCAUGUCAACAAAGGAUCGACGUCCAGGAAUGUCACCUUCCGUGGGAUCGGGGCAGGAAAUGUUUAUGCCUCCGCCAGCUAGACUGGCACCGGAUAUGGACACAUCAGCAGAUAGUACUGGGCGUCGCCCAAAGCGUACAUCGGGCUGCGGGAACAAGCCGGAGGAGAUUCGUAUUGGCUACUACAUGUUCGGGGAGCCAAUUCCGUACAUGACCACACUCCAACAGGCGUCCAUAACACUCGGCCAGUUCAAACAACAAAUCAAACGUGGAAACUUCAGGUAUUUCGUCAAGACACGCAGCAUGGAUUUCGACUCCGAAGCUGUGUAUGAGGAGUACAAGGACGAUCACAAACUUUUACCCGCGUACGAUGGGAAAAUCCUUGUCAAGAUUGAAAGAAAAGAUGACCUUGAUACAUCAACCAAGUCAACGGGUAGCGAUAAAUUGUACCAGUUAUGAGUUGCGCAAGUGUUUCCUACCGGUUCAGAUUCGUCAUGUGCACAUGUGCUGGACAUAGCAUAGUGAUUAUUCGAUGGGAAUGGCGCUUCUUACUGUAGAAGCCCCAAGUGUUCGUCAACAUAUUGGUCAGUGUAAACCUGUGAAAUGUGUGCAACCAUACACACAUUUGGUUAGUGAUUUUUUUACAGGAUGUUGGUGCUCACUAUAAUGAUGUUUAAAGCGGUGAAGUCUGUAUUAUUCCAUUUCGUUUCGACCCAAUAACAUGGAAUAGACCAAAUAACGUGUAAUAAAACGAAUUACGUGAAAUAACGGGGACAUGAAAACCAAAGAUUCAAGUUGAGGCCGGGAAAAACUCUUAUGGACAAUACAUGUUGCAAUAUCACAUAUUUUGUUCAAAAUACACGAGAAUCUGUACGCUAUUAGACGCCAUUACAUGUUGGUGUGUGUACAAAACAUGUCGCCAGUAGCGUUGUGGUGACUGAAAGUCAUGUUUUCAUCCACUUUGUACAUCAAGCUUUGAACAGUAUCUAUGUUGAAGCAUAAAUUAAUAUAUUUAUUGUAAAGUUUUGUUUCGAACUUUGCAGUAUUAAAUAGUGCUAUGACUGUGUAAAGUUAUAGGUGGCUGUUUUCAUCUGAGAUUGUGAUUAUUGUGGAUGCAUGUACUAUGUAAAAAGCAGUGCAAUAGUUUUUUCAAAACAUUGUGGGAGUACUUUUCGACAUUCGACACACAUCAACCACAUACCUUUACCUUGUGACCUAGCUACGAUGUUUCAUUGAGAAAUUGUUCUGUCAGCUUAAUCCUUAUUUAAUGUGUUCAUAAUAUCAUUCUUGAAGCACUCAGUAGUUUGUGUUUAUUAAAUUCUUCAUGGUUUUACUGUUGCACUUUUAAGAAAUUAAUUUCAUUGUUUUUAUUUCAAACUAUUUUACAAGGCAUGUAAAAAGCAAACCCGAAGAAAACGAUGCUUGUAUAAAACUGAUAUGAUCUGUUAACUGAAAAUUUGGUUUAAAAAAAUAAUUGUUUUUAAAUAGAUUCAAUUUGAGAAUCAAUGUUUGAUUAACUUAUUAUGGCCGUCCCACUUUGGUUUGAAAUAGUUUUGAAUUGAAUAGCAUUCAUAUUUGCUUAAAUCACUGGCAUUUUAACUUUUCUCAGGAACCAUUUUUAAAUGAAACACAGACAUUUUUUAUUUCGUUUUAUAAUUUUAGAUUCAUUGUCUCCUUGAUCUACCAGAUUUAAAUAAAAACAUUGCUCAAAUAUCUUAAAGUGACAAAAGGAGAUGUAACAGUUUAUAACUAUUUAUGUUUAUAACCUCACAAAGAACUACCCUUUUAAUAUUUUUGGUGGAACAUUCAUGGGGUUUGCUGUAAAGAAAAAUUAUUUCAAAAUGUGCUAUUAAUUUUCUUUCCAAAACAUUGAAGAAUUGUUUUUAGUCAUCAAAAGUCUGCUUAAUUACUAUUGUCAAUUUCAUUCAUAUUUUCAGGGUAAAACGUACAAUUCAUUUCAUAUAAAUGUUUUUCAUGAAUGGAUAAUUGUUAUAGAAAGAAAUUAACACGUCCUGAUAUGUUAUUCAUCAAUAUUAUUCUCAGAAAUCAUCAUCUUUAUAAACAAUCAGUAUUUUAAAGACAGGUUGUAUGAUGUUUCUAUUAUAAAAAUGAGAAAACAGUGGUAUCAGAUGCUUACUUUUAUUUUGGUAUAUUAUCAAAAUUGUUUGAUCAUCCAAGUUCAUCUGAUGUACCAUUUCAGUUCAUCUCAAGUACCAAUCAAAGUAAGCACUAGUGUUGCCAUAGAGACUGUAGAAUCAUAUCAGGGGCAUUGAAAAAAGCAUGGCUGACACCACUGUGGGAUGUUGGCAUCUUGUCUGUGAUUAUAUAAUUAUUUUAAUGUCAUGUUUUUUUGUAAUUAUGACAAAAUAAAUUUUUGUGUCAAAUUUA